UUAUAUUCAUUCAGUAACCCUUAAACACAGUAUCUAUCUUACAAAGAAAGAAAGAUAAAAAUGGCUUCAAAGAACUCAGCCUUUCUAGCUCUUUUCUUUGCUCUCAACAUCCUCUUUGUCACCUUACCUAGUGCAACUAGUUGUAACACCUGCAAACCAAUUCCUAAACCCAAGCCACCUCCUAAGCCUAAGGCGACACCAUGUCCUCCUCCACCACGCCCUUCUGUCCCAACUCCUCCAACUAAGCCGGUCACACCUCCUAGCAGCCCUGGUUCAUCUAAAAACUGCCCUAUAGAUGCUCUCAAGCUUGGUGUAUGUGGAAAUGUCCUAAGCGGUCUACUCAACAUCCAGUUGGGUCAGCCAUCAUCUAAACAAUGUUGCUCGCUCAUCCAAGGUUUGGCUGAUGUCGACGCUGCGAUAUGUCUCUGCACUGCUCUAAAGGCUAACGUUCUUGGAAUCAACCUUAACGUUCCUAUAUCUCUCAGCGUUCUUCUCAACGUUUGUGACAAAAAGGUUCCGUCUGGUUUCCAAUGUGCUUGAACGAUACCAGCUAUGCAUACGAUGCCAUGCACGUGCACAAUAUACUCUUUGGAAUUAUUACAGUUUGAAUAAAUGCAUGUACGAUAGAGUUUAUGUUUGAAUUUUAAUUUGUUAAAGUGAAAUUAUAAAUGUGUGAGACUUUCAUAGUUUUUUCUUUUUCUAUUUAUUUUGUAAACAUUCCCUGUCUUCCGGGCUUGUAACAAUCUAUUUCUACGACAACCCGUUUAAUGAAAGUGAUUUUGUUACCAA